AUGAUGGGGGAGUUGGAGCUUUCCAUCAUGGCGGCUUCCAUUUCGGGCUACACCUUCAGCGCUGUGUGUUUCCACAGCGCCAACAGCAACGCAGACCACGAAGGCUUUUUGCUGGGCGAGGUAAGGCAAGAGGAAACUUUUAGCAUCAGUGACUCACAAAUCAGCAACACAGAAUUUCUGCAAGUAAUUGAAAUCCAUAACCAUCAGCCUUGUUCAAAACUUUUUAGUUUUUAUGACUAUGCAAACAAAGUUAAUGAAGAGAGUUUGGACAGGAUUCUGAAAGAUCGGAGAAAGAAAGUUAUUGGAUGGUAUAGAUUCCGACGAAAUACUCAACAGCAGAUGUCAUACAGAGAACAGGUUAUCCACAAACAGCUCACUCGCAUCCUCGGUGUGCCCGACCUCGUCUUCCUCCUCUUCAGCUUCAUCUCCACUGCCAACAAUUCCACUCAUGCUUUAGAGUAUGUUCUCUUUAGACCAAAUCGCAGGUAUAAUCAAAGGAUAUCACUUGCUAUUCCCAAUCUAGGCAAUACUAGCCAGCAAGAAUACAAAGUGUCUUCAGUGCCAAAUACUUCUCAGAGUUAUGCCAAAGUUAUUAAAGAGCAUGGCACAGUCCAAAAGAACUUCAGAGCAGUGUGUGCAGAUGUCGAAAAGAGUGAGCGAGUUGUUGAAUCUUGCCAGGCAGAAGUGAAUAAAUUAAGAAGACAAGUCACUCAGAAGAAAAAUGAAAAAGAACAAGAAAGAAGACUGCAGCAGGCAAUGUUAAGCAGACAGAUGCCUGCUGAAAGCUUGGAGCCAGUGUUCAGUCCCCGGAUGCCCUAUUCUGGGUUUACAGCUGAAGGCAGAAGUACACUUGCAGAUGCAGAACCCUCUGAUCCUCCUCCCCCCUACUCUGAUUUUCACCCAAACAAUCAAGAAAGUACUCUGAGCCAGUCUCCAAUGGAAAGGAGUGUCUUCAUGCCAAGACCUCAAGCUGUGGGUUCUUCCAAUUAUGUUUCCACCAGUGCCAGACUGAAGUAUCCUGGAAGUGGAACAGAUCUUCCUUCCCAAAGAGCAGCUGGAGACAGUGAUGAGACAGAUGACAGUGAUUAUGAAAAUUUGAUUGACCCUACAGAGCCCUCUAAUAGUGAAUACUCACAUCCGAAGGAUUCAAGACCCGUGACACAUCCUGAUGAGGACCCCAGGAACGUUCAGACCUCCCAGAUUUAACUAAACAACAGAAACUGCUAGGUAAUGUGUUUCUUAAUGGCUUAUGGAGAGAGUCUGUUGAGAACUCAGUCUGGGAGGAGAACUGCUUUCUCAGAUACCGUGGCUCCCAAAGGGAAAGUCCUUAUGCACAGAACUUGAAGGAGACUCUGUCCCUGGUCCUCAGCUCCAGACGCAGUGUGCAGGUUUCAUGACAGAAUCAUUAAGAUAAUCAAAUUGUCCUAAUUCUGGUGCAAUUCACGGAUGUACUGGUAAAUUUAGGUGAAGUGAAACUUAUCAGUAUAGUUUCUGUUCUUUAAAUCGGAAAUUAGAGACUAAGCACAAUUAGUCUAUAAAUGUUCUAUAAAUCAAAAACUUACCUCUUGCACUAUCAUGCCUUGAAAUUUACUUUUUCAAUGGGAAACAAGUUUAGCAGCAGCUUUCAAAGAACUUCUUUCUAUGAUGAGCCAAAUUAAUCUUUGCCAGAAAAGAAAUUUUAUUAAUUCCAAGAAGCCUGAUUGGAACAAAUCAGACAUACCUUCUCUUGUCUGCAUGAUUGUAAGAUCAGAAGGGAGGGCUUUGUUUCAACUUUUUUCUACUAGCCUGAUAUGUAUUGUCACUUAAAAUGGUUGCCUUUUUAAAAAAAUAUAGAAAUACUAACUACGAGUAAGUAAUCACCAAAAUAAGUAUAUCAUAAAUAAGUUAAUUUUCUUUCGGUGGGUGACAGCAACUGGCCUGUUACACUAGCAUACUGUGGUCUCUGGAGACUUCGGAAAGACACAGAGUGGAAACCAGAGGGGCGCGUGCCAGACAGACAGAUUCCAGACAUGAUGGCGUUAGCUGAGCUCACAUGUGAGGGAUAGAACUCACUUAGAUCAUCUGAAAAACCCUAGUGUUAGUUUUAUUUGUGGAGGAAAGGAAUUUAAUAAACUUGGGGAAUCUUGAUGAAUAAAGGUUGUUUUAAAUCUCAAUAACCAUACUUUUUUUUUUAACGUUGUCAUUUGGGAGAUUAUUACAGAAUGUAUAGAGACAGUUGGGAUGAACUUACAUUUUUACUUAAUUACUGCUUGUUUUCUACUCUGGCCCAGAAUGUGUGAAACCACUAAGACAUUCAUGAGUCUGUUGAGCUCCUGGUUUGGAUAUGGCAAGAUCCAAUGUUUUAUGAGAAGGUCACACCUGGAGUUCAUACAUGAGGCUUAACUGUUCUAGACUAGUUGAAGCCUGUAAGAAGAAGGAAAUCAUUAGAGAGGCUUAAAAUCUGGCUCCAAAAAGUAGCUUCGUCUUCUGGGAGGGAUGUUUACUUGUGAAGCCAGCUCUCAACAGAAUCAGCAGUGAUGGAGACUGCUAUUCCUCGGUGUGCACGCUGUGGGUCUGUGUGGUAACCAUCAGGUUCUGUCUGCCUUACACCACUGCCAUUUGAUUUGAAAUGUUGCAGAUCAUGGUAUCUGUAAAUGUAUUCGUAAUUUUUAUCCGCUACCUACUAGCAGCUUCAGCACCAGUGUGAACUUAAUUUUGUUUUAAGUGCCAUUGCCAUCUCCUCUGUUCAGAUUUUGACAUUCAGGAAAAUAUUAUUUUUAUGCCAUAUUGAAAUCUACAGUGUAUAUCUGACAAAGCAGUUAAAUGUGACAAUAAAACUUAUUUAAUCAUGA